AUGUCGUCAAAAGUAUUUUCCAAAGAUGGUAUACACAAAACAGUGAUUGAAAAUGGCGUUAUAGGUGAAAAACCAGUUGAAUGUUGUGUAUGUACGAUAGUUUUAAGUGAUAUCGAAAUUAAUGGAUCGAAUUAUGACACCGAAUAUAUUCGUCAAGAGAAAAAUGGUAUCGAACAAAAUUGUAUUAUGGGUGAAUUCGAUACGAAAUUAGAUCGUAAAUUUGAAAAAUUACUUGAAACCAUGUUGGAAAAUGAAUUUAGUGAUGUGAAAAUACAAUUAAAUGAAACAAUCAUUACAUUUAAAAUAAAAUUACUUAAGUUAGAAUUUAACGGAUAUUUUUUCGAUUUUCCAGCUGAUAAAAAAUAUGCAUUAGCUACAAAGCAUAAAGAACGCGGUGUUGAACUAUUUCAACAGAAUCGUUAUAUUGAUGCAUUUUAUCGAUUUAGUAAAGCAUGUCGAUUAUUGAUCACAUGUAUUUUAGAAAUCGAUGAUGUCGAAUCAACAGAAAUCGAUGGUGUAAAAUUGAUUGAUAUUGAAAAUUUAAAAUUAAUCUUGUAUGGAAAUUUAGCUAGUUGUCAGUUAAAGCAGAAUAAUUAUGAAGAGGUGAUUCCAUUAUGUUCGAAAAUACUUGUUCAAGAUUCGGAACAUGUGAAAUCAUUGUAUAAACGGGGUUUAGCUUAUACGGCGGUAAGGGAUUUUGAGAAGGCUGAAAAUGAUUUGGUUAAAUUUUUACAAUAUGAACCAAAUAAUAAAUUUGUACAUGAAAAAUUAAAUUAUGUUCGGCAUGAAUUAGUUUUAAGUCGAGAAAGAUAUGCUGAAAUGUGUAAAAGAAUGUUCUAA